AUGGCAUUUCAUAACCAAGACUGGCAGUUUCUGAGGCUGAUCGGCAAGCUAGACGAAGUCCCUCGUCGUUCUGUUAGGCUCGACGUAAAACAGCUCUUUCGGCCAAACCGGUUGAGUGUUUGUGCUGCCUCUGGCAUUCCAGCUGGCGGUUACAGGCAGGUUGGCCGUUUCCUCUCUGCUGAUGACUCUUCUCGAGCUGAGGAGGUGGCAGGAGUGUCGUUUUCUCUGCUCAAGACCUCAGCUUUAUCACGAGCUCUCCUUAUGUCCUUAUGGUACAGAGGAGGAAUGUCCAUUUUGCUUUUGCAAGGUUUGGAAUGCAUUAGAACAGGUCAGCAGAAGCUCUUUUAA